AUGGAGGAUCCCGCAGAGGUAGAGAUGCAAGAAAAUCCAGCAGGAAAUGGAGGAGGAAGAGGUGGUGGUGGUGGAGGAGAAGGAAGAGGAGGAGGAGGAAGAAGAGGAGAUGGUGGUGGUGGACAUGGAGGAGGAGGAAGAGGAAGAGGUGGUGGAGGAGGAGGAGGAGAAGGAAGAGGAGGAGGAGGAAGAAGAGGAGAUGGUGGUGGUGGACGUGGAGGAGGAGUAAGAGGAAGAGGUGGUGGUAGACGUGGAGGAGGAGUAAGAGGAAGAGGUGGUGGAGGAGGGCCGGGAGGAGGAGGUGGAGGUGGAGGAGGUAGAGGAGAAGAAGUAAGAAGAGUAGGAGGUGGUGGUGGAGAACACGAAGGAGAAACAGCGGUUCUUUUGAUUUUGUUUUUUUUUAUAGCUUUGAUGUUCGCUUUCACGCUCUUUUUGGGAAAAAAAAAAGCAGAUGAGCCGCCGAUGCCGCAGCCGCCAACACAGCCUCCAAUGCCCCCGCCGCCAGCGUGGGCUCCGUUGCCACCGCGGAAGCCUUGA